AUGGUUGCCGUCACUUCGCCCUUCAGCCGCGAGAAGGCUGCCGAGACCAAGAAGUCUCUGGCCGAGGCCUUCUCCAGCUGGUCAAACCUGAAGCAGGCCCUUCAGGUGAAGAACACCCUCGGAUACAGCGAGAGUCAUCUCGAGCCUACUCCUGCCGAGAAGAGAACUUGGGACUUCAAGACAUACUGCCUGUUCUACUUUGGCAUCUCUUUUGGCAACUGGACGCUCGGUUCCACCAUGAUUGGAAUCGGCCUUAGUUGGUGGCAGGCCAUCGUGGUGAUCUUUGUGUCACAGACGAUUGCGUCGAUUGUCAUGGCCUUCAACUCCCGGGCUGCCUCGAGAUAUCAUCUCGGCUACCCAGCCAUCAGCAGAGCCGUAUUUGGCAUGUACGGAAGCUACUACUUUGUGGGAGCUCGUGCUGUCUUGGCUGCAGUGUGGUAUGGUAUCCAGCUGUACUCUGGUGCUAAUCACGUUGGCAACAUGCUCCGAGCCAUCUUCGGAGACGCGUACAACAACAUUCCCAACCGCAUUCCCGAGUCGGCUGGAAUUACAACCAAGGGCAUGCUGUCAUUCAUUCUGUUUUGGCUCAUCCACUUGAUCUUCUGCUUCUUCCGCCCGUACCAGCUGAAGAAAUUCUUCUGGUUCAAGGGCUUUAUCAUGCUCCCCGCUGUAGCAGGUGUUUUCAUCUACUGCAUGAUUGAAAGCAAGGGCAAGGUCGGCAACACGCUUGCCGACAGCACCGUUACUGGAGGACUUGGCUGGGCAAUCAUGCACGGUAUCAACUCUGGCAUGGGUAACACCGCCACGUUGAUUACAAACCAACCCGACAUUGCUCGCUGGGCCAAGAACCCUAGGGCCUCGAUUCUCUCUCAAAUCUUGGUGCAACCUCUCGCGGUCACGCUCUCCGCUACUUUUGGUAUCUUGGCUACCGCCGGUAUCAAUGGAAAGUGGGAUCUGGAGCUUUGGAACCCCUGGGACCUCCUCGAUGCUAUCCAGGAUCACCACAACGGAUCUGGAGCCCGAUUCGCAAUCUUCUUGGCUGCACUCUGCUGGACCAUCAGCAUCUUGGGAACAAACAUUGCAGCCAACAUGAUUUCCUUUGGAUCUGAUGCUGCCCUCCUUUGGCCUCGUUACAUUGAUAUGAAACGUGGUUUCUUUAUUGCCCAGAUCUUGGGAUAUGCGAUUGUCCCGUGGAAGAUUCUCGCGUCGGCCACGAUUUUCACGACAUUCCUGUCAGGCUACGGCUUGUUCAUGGCCAGUGUUGUCGCUAUCAUGGUUUCUGAUUACUUCAUUCAGACCAAGGGCAACAUUGCGACCGAGUGGCUCUUCAACCCAGGCAAGAGCAACGUGCACUACCAUUACCACGGAGGCUGGAACAUCCAGGCGGUGAUCGCCUAUAUCAUUGGUAUCGCCCUCCCAUUCCCCGGAUUCGCUGCUUCGCUGGGCGCAACCGGCGUGAACCAGGCUGGAUAUGACCUGUUUUACAUUGGAUGGAUCUUGUCCUUCACCAUGUCUUUUGUCUUCUACAAUACUAUCUGCAAGAUCUGGCCGACCAAGAACCAGAGGCUCAUUAGGGAACGAGGCAUGGGCUGGGAGGAGUGCGCAUACAAUCCCAUCUCGGAUGAUUCGAGCAGCGCUGGACAGGAGGAAAUGGGGGUGUCGCAGGUGGUUGCGGAUGGCACGGACACCAAGAAGGAGGGCGCCCUCUAA